UUUUUUUCCUCGUUUCUAACGAGAAUAUUUAUUCAUUUGCUCCUUCCAUCGUAUCACUUUCCUCUCCCCCAAAAGAAAAAACCUAAACCAUUGAUCGGCACUUCAUUAGUUCUUUGUAUAAUGGCAUAAAAACUCUGUCCUCUUGCUUCUCCCAAUUGUUAGAUAAUUGCCUCAUUAGUCAUCUGAUUUCUUAUUUUCGACCCAUCCCAUAUUCGAUAUAUCAAUAUGUAUCCUACCAGAAGACCUCCUCCAUUUUAUACCCCUAGUAGUUCGUUGCUAUCCUACUUUACAUGGUAUGGUUCAUGUAAGGCUAACAGCAUAUCUCCCAGGUACAGCCGAAAGAGCAACUAAUCCUAGUUUGGGAUAUCAAAGUAAAGUUCGAGUUAUUGAUCGAUACAAAGUCAUUGGUUUCAUUAGCUCUGGUACAUAUGGGCGAGUUUAUAAAGCCGUUGGGCGAGAUGGACGGCCCGGAGAAUUUGCCAUCAAGAAGUUCAAGCCAGGUAAUUACAGACAAAAUUAUAUCACCAACUGUUCUACAUAUGCUAAUGUAUCUCAGACAAGGAAGGAGAACAAAUUCAAUAUACUGGUAUUUCUCAAUCAGCAGUUCGGGAAAUGGCACUUUGUUCCGAAUUGAGUCACAUGAAUGUCAUCCGUCUCGUUGAGAUUAUUCUCGAAGACAAAUGCAUCUUUAUGGUCUUUGAAUAUGCCGAACAUGACCUUUUGCAAAUCAUCCACCAUCAUACCCAACCUACUCGCCAUCCUAUUCCUGCUCCGACCGUCAAAUCUAUAAUGUUUCAACUGCUCAACGGUUGUCAAUACCUUCACGCCAAUUGGGUACUUCACCGCGAUCUCAAGCCCGCAAAUAUCAUGGUAUCCUCCUCGGGUGAAGUGAAAAUUGGCGACUUGGGUCUUGCUCGCCUCUUCAACAAACCACUCCAUGCUCUCUUCUCGGGCGACAAAGUUGUAGUCACUAUAUGGUAUCGAGCCCCUGAACUCUUGUUAGGCUCAAAACAUUACACUCCGGCAAUCGACAUGUGGGCUGUUGGCUGCAUUUUCGCCGAACUACUCUCUCUCAGGCCAAUAUUCAAAGGCGAAGAAGCGAAAAUGGAUAGUAAGAAAACGGUACCAUUCCAAAGAAACCAGAUGCAAAAGAUUGUUGAUAUAAUGGGACUCCCGACCAAGGAAAAAUGGCCACAUUUGGUAUUUAUGCCGGAGUACUCGCAACUUUCCACACUCUCAGCCAGCGGGCACGCAAAAGCCGGAUACUCGAGUUUAGAAAAAUGGUAUUACCAGACGAUAAACUCCUCUUCCACCUCUGUACCUGUAUCGAAUUCGAGUUUAGGGGCCGAAGGAUACAAAUUAUUGAGCAGUUUACUCGAAUAUGACCCUGAGAAACGACUAACGGCGCAGGCGGCAUUAACACAUCCAUUUUUCAGUACAGGAGACAAAGUUAGUGCCAACGUUUUCGAGGGGGUCAAAACGGAGUAUCCACAUAGGAGGGUUAGUCAGGAUGAUAACGAUAUUCGAACUGGGAGCUUGCCUGGCACGAAGCGGAGUGGGUUGCCGGACGAUUCAAGACCUGCGAAGCGAUUGAAGGAAUAGCAUUCAGACCGUCAUCGAAAGUAUGCAGCAUAAAAAUUUCAAAAUUGUAAAUGAUGAAGGGCUGGGAAAGCAUCAGAAAAGCUGCACAGCCACAAUGCGGGUUGUCGACCUUACUAGCAAUUUUGGGAGGGAUCCCCAAGCGAGCAAUUCAUUGGCAUGAAUUGAUAUAAUAACUGAUAUAGGAACUAGGUUUCGAAAACUUAGCAUAAUGGCAGCACAACUGUCGAAUUUUGUUUCGAUGGUCGUAUGAUAUGAUGACGAUGAUGAGGGGCAUAAUCUGGGCAUCAGUGACGAAUGAAUAAGUGCAACAUACAUAAGCCUUCUUCGUUCCAUCAGUUCAACACCCAGUUGCCUUAUUCUUUUCCCAUGAUAUCUUGGA